CGGAGAGUCCAGCUCGGGCGCCAACUCGUCGGCGGAGGAGAACGCUGCAGAGGCCCCCCGCGACGGCGGCCUCCCGCUGGCGGGCAAGAAGCGGGGGCUGCAGCGCCGCCCCCAGCAGCAGCCGGCCAGGGCGGACGCGCCCGCCGCCCCCGCUGCCGCCCCCGCCGCCCCCGACGGCGCCCAGGAGCAGCCUCAGCAACAAGCCAACUCCUCGGACGGGUCCGCCAGGUCGCCCACCGAGCAGGACAGCAAGAAGCCGAAGAAGGUGGUGCGGCGCAAGCGGAACCGCGGCGAGCUGACGAUGGACCUGAAGGACAUGGUGGUGCGGAAGCGCAUGGCCUCGCUGAACGCGUCCGCCAUCCUGGCCGCCAGCUACUCCGUGGAGAAGCGGCCCCCGCGGCUGCCCGCGCCAGACGGCCGUAAGAAGCAGUACCGCAAGCCGGCCAAGCACAAGGCUGGAGCGCAAGAGAAGGAGAAGAGCGCAGAAGACAGCGGCCCAGGGGAAGGCGAGGCCGCUCCCGCAGCCGCCUCCUCGGCGUCCACCGCCCCCUCGGCCCCCGGCGCCACCCCCGAAGGCGGGUCGCCGGUGGUGGUGCAGACAGAGGCCGCGGCGCCGCCGCCCGCCCCCGCUGCCGCCCCCGCAGCGGAGCCGGUGCUGCCGCUGCCGCAGCCGCUGCCGCCCCCGACGCCGCCGCCGUCGGUGCCGCACUACCACCACCAGGCGCCGCCGCCGCAGCACGGCGCUCCGCCCCCGGCGCCGCCUCCGCCACAGCCCCCUGGGCUCGACGUGGUCGGCAGCGGCGGCGUCAUCGAGCUGCGAACCACGUCCUCCACCACUUCGCCCAGCAAGAAGGUGGCGAUGAUCCAGCUGAACCAGGACACGGACGUGUGCAUCACGGGCGUCUACGUGAACAGCACGACCCGCUCGACGCGCCACGAGGGCUACUGCAGCAUCGCCGGCAUGCAGUACCGCAUCUCCAGCACCAGCCACACGCAGUCCGAGGCCACGACGGUCGCCACCGAGACGACGCUCCAGGUGCACGCCUCGGACCACGCGGCGGAGGCCGCGGCCGCGCCUGUGAAGUCUUACACGCCGCUGGGGGCGCUGUCUUCCAUGCAGCCGCCGGGGCACCCCUCGCAGCCGGCGGCGGCGCCGCCCGCGCAGCAGCCGCCCCCGCAGCAGCCGCCCCCGGCGCCGGGCCAGCCUCCGGCCGCCGCCCACGCGCAGUCGCACCCCGCCUACCACCUGCCAGCGCACCACCGACCGGUGGUGUCGCCGCUGCGGCGCUCGCACUACGGGCAGCACGCGGCGCCGCCCCCCGCCCCCCAGCCGCCGGCGUCGCAGCAGCACGGGCACGGCCCCCAGCCCCCACACGGCUACCAGCAGCCCGGCUGCGGCUCCGGCGCCUCCGCCUUCUCCGCGCCGCCCUCCUACGGCCCGCCGCCCCCACACCACCACCAGCAGCCGCAGCCGCAGGACUACAUGCACGGUAAGCAUCAAAGCGUGGAGCCCGGCGGUUGUUCGGGGUGGCGUAGCUGCAAGCAAGGUACUGUGUGGCGAACUUUUGUCUCGCUGUAAGUGUGCGCUGACAGUUUCGCUAACAGUUUGGGCCCUUCUCCCACUCU